GGCAGCAGGUUCUUGGCUUGGUGGAGAACCAGAGUGACUGGUAUUUGGGCAACCUUUGGAAGAAUCAUCGGCCCUGGCCAGCACUUGGGAGGGGCUACAACACAGGGGUUAUCUUGCUGCUUCUCGAUAAGUUACGGAAGAUGAAAUGGGAGCAGAUGUGGAGACUCACAGCAGAGCGGGAGUUAAUGAGCAUGCUGUCCACUUCACUGGCUGACCAGGAUAUCUUCAAUGCAGUCAUCAAACAAAAUCCCUUCCUUGUCUACCAGCUCCCAUGUUUCUGGAAUGUACAGCUGUCUGAUCACACCCGUUCUGAGCAGUGCUACAGAGAUGUGUCUGACCUGAAGGUGAUUCACUGGAACUCACCAAAGAAGCUGCGAGUGAAAAACAAGCACGUGGAGUUCUUCCGCAACCUCUACCUGACAUUCCUGGAAUAUGAUGGGAAUUUGCUGAGACGGGAACUCUUUGGCUGCCCCAGUGAGGCAGAUGUUAACAGUGAGAAUCUCCAGAAACAGCUGUCUGAGCUGGAUGAGGAUGACUUAUGCUAUGAAUUUCGUCGAGAACGUUUCACCGUCCAUCGCACUCAUUUGUAUUUUCUACACUAUGAAUAUGAGCCUGCUUCAGACAAUACUGAUGUAACACUGGUGGCUCAACUGUCAAUGGACAGGCUCCAGAUGCUCGAAGCCAUCUGCAAACACUGGGAAGGUCCAAUCAGCCUGGCACUCUAUCUUUCUGAUGCAGAAGCCCAGCAAUUUCUGCGCUAUGCCCAGGGCUCAGAAGUACUUAUGAGCCGCCACAAUGUCGGCUAUCAUAUCGUGUACAAGGAGGGGCAGUUCUAUCCUGUGAAUCUGCUAAGGAAUGUGGCCAUGAAGCAUAUCAGCACACCAUACAUGUUUCUGUCUGACAUCGACUUCUUGCCAAUGUAUGGACUCUACGAGUACCUCAGGAAGUCUGUCAUCCAGCUAGACCUGGCUAACACCAAGAAAGCUCUGAUAGUACCUGCUUUUGAGACCCUGCGCUACCGCCUCUCCUUCCCCAAGUCAAAAGCAGAGCUGCUCUCUAUGUUGGACAUGGGAACCCUCUUCACUUUCAGGUAUCACGUCUGGACGAAAGGGCAUGCACCAACGAACUUUGCCAAAUGGCGAACAGCCACCACCCCCUACCGUGUCGAGUGGGAAGCAGACUUUGAGCCAUACGUUGUUGUGAGGAAGGACUGCCCGGAGUAUGACAGGAGGUUUGUUGGAUUUGGCUGGAACAAAGUAGCUCACAUCAUGGAACUGGAUGCACAGGAGUACGAGUUCACGGUGCUGCCCAAUGCCUACAUGAUCCACAUGCCGCACGCCCCCAGCUUCGACAUCACCAAGUUUCGCUCCAACAAGCAAUACCGCAUCUGUCUCAAGACCCUGAAGGAAGAGUUCCAGCAGGAUAUGUCACGCCACUAUGGCUUUGCAGCCCUCAAAUAUCUCACGGCAGAGAACAACAGCUAGCACAACGGAGCCCGUGUGAGGGAAACAGGGACACCAGAGGGAGGAGGAGCCGCUCAGCGUUUGGGGUCUUCGAACUGAGAAAUACUUUCUGGUUUUAUAUCCUACUCGGCAGUUCUAACAGUAGAAAUUUGAAGUGACAUGUCUUCGGACUAUGCUCAUUUGUCCCUUCCCUGACUACCCCAGGCCUUUCAGCUUUAGCAUUCAUGAGGUGUCAGCGAGAGGAGCCGGCCAUGCGCCCACCAUGCCGCCGGAGGUGGGGACUGGGCUAGGGCUGGGAAUGCACACUGCUCUCUUCACGGCAGAGCAAAGACAGACCUUCAGAAUAUAGGAUUUCAUGUUGCUAUUUAAUAAUUUGACAUGCUUUUUAUCUGUAAAGGA